UAUUUCUGAAGUUCAGUCGGUAUAUUUGUCAAUACAUUACAUAAACUGUCAAAAAGUGCAAUUUGUUAACUUAAAAACGAGCAAUUCGUGCUAAUGGCAGCCAUAAUUAGGACUCUGGGUUCCAGAGCUGCUGUCGCUGUUCUGGCGACCAAGCAUGUGAUGCCCUCUGCUAGCACAGCUGCUCUUCGAUUCGCCAGCACAGCGCCCGUUGAUGCCAAAAAAGCUGACAAACCCACUGUGCGAAAGCCGGAUGCUGCCGCUCGCACCAGUCUGUCGGAUUUCGGCCGCUACGUUGCCGAAUGCCUGCCCAAGUACGUGCAGAAGGUUCAGCUGACCGCUGGCGAUGAGCUGGAGGUUCUUAUUGCCCCAGAUGGCGUGGUGCCCGUGCUGCAGUUCCUAAAGGAUCACCACCAGGCACAGUUCACCAAUCUGAUCGACAUUGCCGGUUUGGAUGUUCCUUGCCGCAAACAUCGCUUCGAGGUCGUGUACAACCUGCUGUCGCUCCGCUACAACUCCCGUAUUCGCGUCAAGACCUACACCGAUGAGCUGACACCCCUGGACUCGGCCUGCGAGGUACACAAGGCCGCCAACUGGUAUGAGCGUGAGAUUUGGGACAUGUAUGGCGUGUUCUUUGCCAACCAUCCCGAUUUGCGUCGCAUUCUGACCGACUACGGCUUCGAGGGCCAUCCCCAGCGCCGCGACUUCCCUCUGUCCGGCUACGUGGAGCUGCGCUACGAUGAUGAGAAGAAACGCGUCGUCUGCGAGCCCCUGGAGUUGGCGCAAGAGUUCCGCAAGUUUGAUUUGUCGGCCCCCUGGGAGCAGUUCCCUAAUUUCCGCAAUGCUAAUCCCCCCGCUGAGGUGGUGCCACCACAGGCUCCGCCAGCCAAAAAGUAAACUGCUCCAUGUGGCUCCAUGUGUUAAAUGGUAAUUAGAGGAAGGCUUUAAUAAAACGAAAUCACUAAAAGUACAUGCAA